AGCAAGAAAAUGGAGGAGGAACUCGACCUCUGCAGAACAUCAAUGGCGUUCUUCUCCGAUCAGCAGCUCUGCUACGCGGAUAUCCUCUCUGCUCAUGAGGUUCGAGCUCGGAUAGAAGUCGCGGUGAUCAAUUUCCUGAAGGCUUUAACCUCUCCAGAUCCGGCAAUCUCCAACCUAGCUCUGAUAUCCAGGAAAUCGCGUAACAGCAGAGUGAAUCAGGGAAUGUUAACCGACGUCUCUUCGAUUUUCCUCUCCGAUAUGCUUAGCGUGAGGUCGUUGACAAAAGCUAAUGCAGCUAAGGCGUUUGUUAGAGUAUGGAAGGUGAUGGAGCUGUGCUAUCAAAUCCUGAGUCAGGAGAAGCGAGUCACGCAGCGGGAGCUAUUUUACAAGCUGCUCUGUGAGUCGCCGGAUUACUUCUCAUCACAGCUGCAGGUCAAUCGGACAAUCCAAGAUGUCGUGGCUUUGCUUAGGUGCAGCCGUUUCAGUCUUGGAAUAAUGGCUUCCAGCCGAGGAGUUGUUGCUGGGAGAUUAGUGUUGCAGGAGCCAAACCAGGAAAUUGUGGAUUGUUCUGAAUGUGGUUCCUCUGGUUAUGCCAUCUCUGGGGACUUGAGCUUGCUGGACAAACUGAUUAUAAGAUCAGAUGCACGAUAUAUUAUCGUGGUGGAGAAGCAUGCAAUUUUUCAACGAUUGACCGAGGAUCGCAUAUUCAAUCACAUUCCAAGCAUUCUUAUCACAGCCAAAGGGUACCCAGAUAUAGCUACGAGAUUUCUCCUUCACCGUAUGAGCAGGGCUUUUCCUCAGUUGCCCAUUUUCGCGCUGGUUGAUUGGAAUCCAGCUGGACUAGCAAUACUGUGCACGUUCAAGCAUGGAAGCGUAGGAAUGGGCCUGGAAGCUUAUAGAUAUGCAUGCAAUGUGAGGUGGUUGGGAGUGCGAGUAGAUGAUCUACAACUCAUACCUGAAGAAUCACUAGUUCCAUUGAAGCCACGAGAUCUCCAGAUAGCUAAAAGCUUGAUGUCCUCAGAAUUUUUGCAGGAAAAACACAAAGAGGAAUUGGCACAGAUGGUUGAGAGCGGGAAGAGAGCAGAAAUAGAGGCACUGUUCUAUCAUGGCUAUGAUUUCCUAGGAAAGUACAUCGCCAAAAAGAUUGUUCAAGCUAACUACAUCUAGCAGAAGAGCAAUCUUUCGGGUAAGUUAACAGCAGAACUCUAGCUCCAAUACCAAAUUCUGAAUGAA